UUUGCCCUGUUCCCCAAUAAAACAUUCAUAAUAUUUAUGGCUAAAAAUAUUAGUGGAGCCCAGCUGGUACCUCUGCUGUUCUGCUGUUACACCCUUGCCAAGCUCGAACUGGAUGUGGAGUCAGACUGGCUCCAGCAUCUGCAGAACUUGCCUUGUGUCACUAUAAAAUGUGCUCUAUAAACCAUGUGUGGUUAGUGUCAGCGCUGAGGUCUUUCUUUCCCCCUCUGGGUGGCACGUUGGGUAGAAAUGGAAUAACUGAACUGUGUGCUAUUACAUCAGCUAGCUCGAAGACGAAAAGAAUGGAUGAUGGUUAGCUUAUUUAGCAUAACCUGUAUGAGAAGCUUUAGGUGCUUGUAGAUCAUAAUUAAGCCUGUAUUUAAGUACAUUGUGUGUGUUUGUUGUACUUGUAGCAAAUGUAGUAGUUCUUGAUUUAUUUGGAAACUAGAUCCCAGAGCAGUGAAUGCAGUUCCGCAGUCUGCUGCGAGUUGUGCAUGCUAGCACAGAGCUCCAGGCGGGAAUACUGAAUGCGGGAGUGCCAGAUAAUGACAGAAACACUUGGAUCCACCAGCAGUUCAUUUGCGAAAGAUUUUGCUUGUACAAAAAGCCUUUCAAAAGCUGUCACUGAAAGAGUUUUUCGAGUCUUUGGAGAGUCCAAGUUGAUAUUUGCUGUCAGAUGACCCUUAGGACAGCACACUCCGUGGAACAUCAGGAAUUGCUGAGGAUGUCAUGGGCUUUAACUGAGGUUUUUAAUGGGGUGUUGGCAUCACCUUUCACCAGCCUUCAGUGUGCAGCUGGGUGUUUCCUGGUUAGAGUCUUGGCCAGCCAAGCCAAACUCUGCACAUGUUUUUAAUCCAUUAUCUGUUUCACUGGCCGUGUGUGACACAGAUUUUUGAAAAGGACUGAGCAUGACAUCAGCUGAGCCAGGUGUCUUCUUCCACUCCUCUGAGGCACCCAGCACCCGGCGCAGAGCAGAUUGAUCUUGAUUGAGUUACAAACUGUGAGAUCUAGAUUGCAGCAGAGGCUCCUGGCAUUUGUGCCAGUGGUGAGGCAGAGGCCUAUUCUUAGCUGGAAUCGUGUGUUGUAGAGAGCAGAACUGAACUGGGUUUAUUCUGGGCUCAGGUUUAUUAUGAGCGAAAGCCUCACCCGGCUGAUCUUGUGGAAGAGAGCAUUUUCUCUACGGCUUUGGAUAUUUACCUGUUCCAGCUUAUGAGUAAAGCACUGAGGUUCAAUUUUUCCUUUCUUGCGUGGGCCUCCAUGGGCUGAGUAUGAGACCUGGCCUAUGGAGGGGUCUGCAGGGUCUGUGGGCUCUGCACCCUUGGCAGGGUUGUGUCCCCUGAAGACUCCUGAGGACAGCCUGUGAGGGGCCCACGUGAGAGAGGGAGCCUGUGGAGUCAUGGCGGAGCAGUUCUGGGGAAGCCUGGUUGGUGCUGAUGGGCUGCGGUGCUGUGCAGGAGCCAUGCUGGUGGAGUAGGUAGAUGCAGUUACACUUCUCCUCCCCACUUCAGUGUAACUCGUGUGUGUAAGGAUGGCAGAGCAGGAGCCGACAGCAGAGCAGCUGGCCCAGAUUGCAGCUGAAAAUGAGGAAGACGAACACUCCGUCAACUAUAAGCCACCUGCCCAGAAGAGCAUCCAGGAGAUCCAGGAGCUGGACAAGGAUGAUGAGAGCCUGCGCAAGUACAAGGAGGCACUGCUUGGUGCUGUCACCGUGACUGCAGAUCCCAAUGCUCCAAAUGUGGUGGUGACCAAGCUGACUUUGGUCUGCACUACUGCUCCUGGCCCUCUGGAGCUGGACCUGACAGGUGACCUGGAGAGCUUCAAGAAGCAAGCAUUUGUGCUGAAGGAGGGUGUGGAAUACCGGAUAAAAAUCUCCUUUAGGGUUAACAGGGAGAUUGUGUCAGGGUUGAAGUACAUUCAGCACACGUUCCGGAAAGGCGUGAAAAUUGACAAGACCGAAUACAUGGUUGGGAGCUAUGGCCCCCGAGCAGAGGAGUAUGAGUUUCUGACCCCCAUGGAAGAAGCCCCUAAGGGCAUGCUGGCCCGGGGCAGCUACAACAUCAAAUCCAAGUUCACAGAUGAUGAUAAGACUGACCACCUGUCCUGGGAGUGGAACCUGACCAUCAAGAAGGAUUGGAAGGACUAGCCCUUCCCAAGGCCAAACCCCAGAGAGCGUGAAUCAGACAGUGGCUACCGUAGAAAUCCCCCCCUGUACCAAAGUGCUGACAUUGGAACCCUCUUACCCUUCACCCCCUGUUAUAAUUUGACCAGAGAGCUCAGUUGUGUAAUGUGCCCCCUCCCCAGAGAAUCGCUGAGUGCAUUGACCAAACCGUGCUGUCUGCAUCUGGUCUCCAGCUACCCGUCCCAGGGCCAUGCUGUCCCAGCGCAGAGGUGGGAGCACUUGCUCCCUCAUCAGGCCCUUUGCUGCUUCUCACCUGCCUUUAUUCGGGUAGGUGCUGAAGGGGAGAGACUCCUAUGUUCUGUGUAGGAUCCUCUGCUUGGCUUUCCUGUGCACAGCUCAGGGUAGCUACUGCCUCCAAGUAGCUGAAGAACUUUGAUGCCAGGCAGCUAUCGAAUCCGUUUGUUGGCUAAAAUCAUGUCCAGCCCGCCCCUUCCACCCCGUCAGUGUACUGGGAACGCUGGCAGCUUCAUUUGUGGAUGUUCCCUGUAACCAUGAUGCCUUAAUGUGUAACAUGUAUCCUCUAGGGAGGGGGCCCUGCCCUUGUUACACUUUUUAAAUGCCACCCACCCUCCCCCUGUUUGUUGGCAUGGCACUCAUCUUGGUCACGCCCCUCAUGGGUUAUUAGGAAAGAUUCACAACUUCCCGCUUUGCUGCUGGUCCGUUCUUCACCUGAGACGGGACAUCUCCAGAGGGGAGGGUGGUGUGAUAUCCUGGGUGACGCCUGGCCACCCCUCCCGGUGUCCAGAGAGCUGGCCUGGCAGGACCCCUGGCCCUGUUUGCGUAGAGCUCCGAACUCUCUGGCAGCCUCAGAGCCUCUGAGGCAUAGAGGGGGUUGCAAGGCAGGUGGGUGCGGGAGUCACCAGUGUUGCCAUCACCUCACACUUCUCAUUGCAGCCAAGGUAGCUGCAAAGCACUGAAAUUCCAGGACAGCACCUGCCCUCCUGGCUGUUUUGGGCUGAGGAUGGACUAGUCUGUUUCUGCAGCUGCUCUCCUGAUGCGAUCAACAAAGAGCUUGCAAUGGACAAGCAUUCAGAAGCGGUUAAUGCCUUAUGUAUCUGUUCUGCCUUUAAAAUCUGUGCCUGGCCUGUCAGUAUUUAUUGCCUUGACACUCGACUCCCCUGCCCCGUGCCCGUAGCAGACCCCUGCAGCACGCCAGCCUGCCACCCACGGCUGCACUGACACGGCGUUCGGGGCGCAGGAGCCCUCGGGGGCCCAUGAACCCCUGAGGGCUGGGCAGGCACGUUCCAGCUCCACAGCCCUCUUAUUUGGAUCCUACCACGUUGAGGUCGUAUUAGAACUGGGACCAAGUACAUGUGGCUUUCUCGUAGCUACGUCUUUGCCUCUAACUCUCCCUUGCCCUGCCCCUAGAGAGAUUUUUGUUAAUUUGAUUUGGUGCAUAUUGUCUGUAAAUCCUAGACCCGGGUUAACAGGUUUGGAAUCAUCGUCUGCUUCUCCUUUUAUGACAGUUAAAUAAAAUCUUUGAACUGAC